AUGAUCGAGAUCUUUAGUACGGUGAUCCUCUGGGCUACCCUCGCAGCUGCGACGGUAGGCCCCAACUCGCUAGACUCAGAUAUUUCACUCAUCAUUCACAAUGAUCUGAAGGAAGAUACAAGCUCGUGGAGUGAAUCUGGAGUCUUGCUCCUAGAUCCGAUGCCAUUACAAAAAGCCAUUGAAAGCUGUCACAGUCUUGGAGAAUCUCUUUGGUCAGGAAAAUUUGAUGAAAUCAAGUACGAUUUGGACUACCUCACAUUUCAGGGCAAGUAUAGCGAUGAUCAGAAGUAUUGGAUUGCCCCAGUCAAUAGCGCUGCCUCAACUAUCAACCUGAGUGGAAAGGUACAAAAAGCUUCCGCAAACACUGAUCUCCCAGCUCUAUGUACCCAGACAGCGCCAUAUUCCACCUCUGAGACCCAGGAUAACAGCUCAACUUGGCAAGUCUUGGUUCAUUCUAAUAACGAAUAUUUGACUGGGUUUCGUGAUCGACUGAGCUUUCGUUUCCUUGGUAUCAGAUAUGCCCCAGAAGCUGAACGAUGGACGUAUCCCCAGCUUUAUGAAGGAACAGGAGAUCAUGUUUCCGCCCUGGAUUAUGGAUCAAUUUGUGCUCAGAGUUCAACGGGUACAGAAGACUGCUUCUUUUUGAAUGUCUGGACCCCAUACCUACCAAAAUCUUCAAGUCAAAAGAAAGAAAGUCUGAAGCCGGUCAUGUUCUGGAUCCAUGGCGGUGCUUUCACAAGUGGAGAAGGCAGUGACCCUACAUUUGAUGGAGGAAACCUAGCCUCCCGUGGCGAUGUAGUCGUCGUCACGACGAAUUACCGACUAGGAAACUUGGGCUUCCUUGCUCUAGAUGACGGUACAACAAAUGGGAACUAUGGUGUAGCAGACCAGAUCACUGCACUGGAAUGGGUCCGCCGUAACAUUCAGGAUUUCGGCGGUGACCCAGACAGGGUGACUAUCUUUGGACAAUCAGCUGGAGCAGGAUCAGUGAGAGCAUUACUUGCCUCACCGAAAGCUCGGGGUUUAUUCGCAGGUGCUAUCAUGGAAAGUAACCUAGGUGGAUUGGGCUACGGCACAUCAUAUUCGAAAUACUACACCAUUGCGCAGGAGAUGGAAGUGGCCGGGAACGCCAUCCUCAAUGAAACAAACUGCACUUCCGCGAGCUCUAGAGUCGACUGUCUACGACAGAUUCCAGCUUACACCCUCACAAACCUUGAAGCUAGUGCCAGAUAUCUCGUCGUCGAUGGGGAAUAUCUCCAGAGUUCCGAGCUGGGUCUUACGAAUCCUGAAACCACAGCGAACGUCCCUCUCCUCCUCGGCACAACCAGAGACGAUGGUGCAGCAUUCAUCAGCUACCCUUCCGCCGACGAGAGCAUCCAGGAAUUUUUUACAGAGAAUGAUCUCCCCUCAACCGAGGUCCCAAGUCCGCUCUUCCCAAUACCCUCUGGUGCAAAUCACACCCUGGAUAUAUUCAACACAUCAGCCCGAAUCGCCACCGAUUCUAUCUUCCGCUGUAUCGACCAAGCAACCGCUUACGCAGGAUCGAAGAAUAAAAUCUUCCCCAAGAUAUUCUUCUACGAAUUUAAUCGCACUUAUCAGAUGACGGGUUGGUCGCCUAAUCCUCCGCUUUGUCAAGCACCAGUUACGGCUGCUUUUCCAAACGGAGAUCCUAAUCUAGAAUACUUCAAGUGUCAUUCUGGAGAACUAUUUUUCGUCUUUGGAAAUGUACUACGUAUGGGAGUUGAGUUUCGAGACGAUUACGAUUUACCCUUCGAGCAGUAUAUUCUUGAUUCUUGGACUGGUUUUGCGCGCCAGGCGAACCCGACACCGGAUAUGGGGUUCCUAAAGGCGAGGGGAUACGCAAGUACUAUUGAGGUGAUUGAGGGCACUGCGGCGUGGGUACCAUUUCAGGAUAAUGAGCUUAAGCUGAGGAGAUUGCAGUGGCCGGCAGAGACAGUAUCGCUGGAUGAGACGCCUCAGUGUCGGGCUUUGAACUUGUCUUUGGAUUAUUAUAUGACUUGA